AUGCGCAUCGCUUUCUCCUCCUCGCUGGUGGCUUUCGCUGCCACAGCUGCAGGUCUUCGUAUUAUCAGCCCAGCGAUCGAUCAAAAGGUGGCUCAAGAUGACACCAUCACAGUCAGAUGGGAAUCCGUGUCGACCGACCCCCCAAAGAUGGAUAUCUAUCUAGUCAACCAGAAUACAUACCCCAAUACCCAAGAGGUGGUAGCUACAGGUGUAGACACCAGCCUUGGCAAGUAUGUCAUUAAAGCGAAGGACGUUGGCGACGUUGACACUGGGGGUGGCUACCAGGUCAACUUUGUGUCCACGACCGGUGGUGGAAUUUUGGCUCAAUCGCAGCAGUUCAAAGUGACUCCAUCCAAGGCCGCUGAAGCCUCUAGCUCUGGUAAGGAAACCAGUACUGCUAGUGAAAGUUUAACUACCUCUGCCUCUACAUCUGCGUCGACUUCCGUGCUUUCCACUUCUAUCUCAUCGUCUUCUGCUGUGACAACGAGUUCUUCGACUUCUGCUUCUUAUACUUCUUCUCCGACAGCUUCUUCUACUGCAUCUAAGAGCGCUACUCACACCUCCACCAGUGCGUCUACCUCUGCCACCUCUUCUCCAUCUACUACCUUGCCUACUUCUACUUCUGCCCAUACCUCAUCUUCUAUGACGGAGUCGUCUACCAGUGCGUCCACCCCUAUUGCGUCCAGUUCUUUCUCAAGAAGCACCCUUUCAAGCUCUUGGAUCACAACCCCUUCAAGCACCGUUGCAGCUUCAAGUUCUUCUUCAAUCUGUUCCAAGACUCACUCCUCUACACCAGCCCCUUCAUCCUUUAUGUCGUCUUCACUUUUGUCUUCCACAUGGACACCAUCUUCUACCAUGUCUUCGGCUUCAUUCUCUUUUACGAAGACCCCAUCUUCUUCAUUGUCAUCAUCUUCUGUCUCCCUCACUCCUUCUUCCUCUCGCACCGUCAGCUCCACUAUGAGUGCGAGCUCUUUCACCACGACUUCCACGAAAACGAGCUCUUUCACCACGACUUCCACGAAAACGUCAACCACCACCAAGCACACGAAGACCGAGACUUCUACUGAAAGUGCAUCGGCAACUAGUACCUCAAACGCAGCUGGCUAUCUUAUGCCUCCGAACCAAGCCGGCAGCCUACUUCUGGGACUCUUCGCCCUGGCCCUUUGA